AUGAAACUUGAUGAUAAUCAUCGUUAUCAAACAGUAUCAUUAAGUAAACAAACAGAAUUUCAUCCAAAUCCAUCCUAUAUUUAUAUUGGUGGUUAUCAACAAUUAUGUAGUUAUGAUGAACAUCAUUGUCGAUCAUAUAGUGGAUGUUUAAAAAAUGUUACUAUUGAUAAUAAUUAUCUUGAUUUAAUUAAUGAUGAACUAAAUCGAUAUCGUAUAUUAAAACAAUGUCAUGAUUUUAAUAAAUAA